UAUUUUAUUAGGUUCUACAAUACAGCAGGACAGACAUGAUCUUAAACUCUUUUGGAGUUUAAGUUGCCAUGUUAUCAUAGGUAUUAGGCAUUACGAGAGUAAACUGAAGAAGUGCCUGGUUGUUUGGCCUGAGGCAACCCAGCACUGGAGCCUACCCGACUCUUUGGUGGGGAUAAUGGCAGACUCCGCGAGGGCUCAUGCCAAGGAGUACUUCCCAGAACUUCUGCUGCCAGUGUCCUUGUCCCCACGGUGUGCCACAGCCACCCCCUGCCUCCACAGGAGACCCUCCAACACUAGCAGCUAUCGGCAGGACCCUCAUCCCCCGUUACUUUAGCACUGUGUUUGAUACUGACCUGUAUUACAUUCUCAAACACUCGAAAGAAUCCUACCACAGCUCAUCCAUCACGGUGGACUGCGACCAGCAUGCGAUGGUCACCCAGCACGGGAAGCCCAUGUUUACCAAGGUGUGUACAGAAGGCAGACUGACCUUGGAGUUCACCUUUGAUGAUCUCAUGAGAAUAAAAACAUGGCACUUUACCAUUAGACAAUACAGAGAGUUAGUCCCAAGAAGCAUUCUUGCCAUGCAUGCACAAGAGCCUCAGGUCCUGGAUCAGCUGUCCAAAAACAUCACCAGGAUGGGGCUAGCAAAGUUCACCGUCAACUACCUCAGGUUGUGUGUAAUACUGGAGCCAAUGCAGGAACUGAUGUCCAGAUAUAAAACUUACAACCUCAGUCCACGAGACUGCCUGAAGACCUGCUUGUUUCAGAAGUGGCAGUGGAUGGUGACGCCGUCAGAACCCACAAGGCAACCGACAACGAAACAGACAAAAAGAAAAAAUUCCACCAGUAGCACCUCCAGCAGCAGCACUGGGAACACUGCCAACAGCACGGGCGGCAAGAAGAAGACGCCAGCUGCCAACCUGAGUCUGUCCAGUCAGUCCUCCUCAUUGGACCUGAUGGUGGUAGGAGAGCCAACUCUGAUGGGAGGUGAGUUUGGGGACGAGGACAAAAGGCUAAUCACUAGAUUAGAAAACACGCAGUAUGAUGCAGCCAACGGCAUGGACGAUGAGGAAGACUUCACCAGUUCACCAGCCCUGGGGAACAGUAGCCCAUGGCACAGUAAACCUCCCACCACUCAACAGACCAAAUCAGAAAACCGCCCACCCCAAGCUUCCCAGUAA